AUGGACAAACAAGAAGAAAUUAUUCCCGUCGGGGACGGCUCAGACUCUUUCUCCGUGGAGAGCAGAGAUGACACGCCGCGGUCAGAGGGUGGCGAGCGGCGGGCUAGCAAGUCCAACGACCGCAUGCAGAAGGCGAAGCAGCAGUUAAAAAUGAGCAAAGACAAGAUUAUUCACUCACUGAGUGCUGGCAAGAAGUCAAAGUCCCAUCCGAGAAGGGUGGAGCACGACGACGAUGAGCCCAUCGAGAGCACAGGGCCCAAUACGGCUUUCUUCUCUCCCCCCUCGUUUCAGCUGACACAAAUUAUACAUGACAGCCAAUGCUUUGUUCCCCGCCAAGGACACUCCUGUGCUGCGGGGGGAGGAGAUGUUCUCAUAUUUGGAGGGCAGGACGCAGAAGGCCAGUUCCUAAACGACUUCAUCAGAUACAUACCUGGGCUAAACGCGUUCGAACCCAUGAAGAAAGUCAAAGGCCAGAUUCCCACACCCCGCACUGGAGCCACGAUGGUGAACUGGGUGAAACCCACAACCAAUAGAGAACAUAUAUUUUUAUUCGGAGGCAGAGGCCCGGGGGGGGACAUCGCCACGGCGAGCCUUUACGACCCUGGGUCGCGAACGUGGACAGCAGUGGGAGGUAUUAAGAAGCCCCCAAAGAGGAGUUCGCACGUCUCUGUGGUCUUUGAAAAGGUGUUUGUCCAUGGAGGCCUGAGUGGCGACAAUGUUUUGAACGACAUGUGGAUGUGGGACGGUGAGGAAUGGUCUCAAGUUCGCUACGACAAAUCAACCGAACCCAUGCAUAGCUCAUGCGUGUUCGAUUCAAACUGGGUCAUAAUCAGCGGGGGAUACAGCGGCGGCUGGAUUUCUAACUAUGUUCUUUCCGACAUGCACACAUACGACCUGCAGGCAAACUGUUGGUUCAGCGUGGAACUGUGCGGGAUGAGGUCGACAAUUUCGCUAACUCACUUGGUACUGAUUUCGCCUUUUCGCACUGUCUUUUCGUUUGGAGCUCACGACACCGAGACAGGAGUUGGCGCUGUUUCAUCCGAUGUGUAUCGCAUGUCUCCGUUGAUCACGUAUGUGAGUUUCGCUGCACUCCGCAACCAAGUGGAAAGCAUGAGCGAAGUCAUCAACCUUAGCUUUGACUCUCAAAGCGAAGGGGUCGGCAGAGCCAUACGCAGAGUAGAUGCGUUGAUGAAACGUCUAGAGACGGCAGAGAAGGAAAUUGAAGGACUCAGAACUGCAAACGAAUAUCUGACAAGGCAGCUGGAAGCAUUUCAAGGAACAGAACGGAAGAGGACGAAUCAAGAAGAUGAAGACGAAGAAGAAGAGGCGGACUUUCAGGUGAACGAAGAGUGA